UGUUGCUGCUGUGGCUUUCUGCACAUAUAUAUAUACUGCAAGGGGUCAUGCGUGGUGCUCUAAUCAUAGUGAUCAUAGCAGACCAUAGAACGGCACAAGCAGUGAAGCAAAGUACAAGCCAGCUGGCAAGCCAACCUACAAGUGGAAAGGCACUUUGCUGCACUCUCAGAGUACCUGAUCAAACUAAAAUCCACCUGCACAGAAACCAACAGUACAAUACAGGCACAAAACAUGUCAGCUUCAGCUCCGCCGUCUGUGCCUGCACCCCUGACUGAUCUGAAGAUUAAAUAUACAAAGAUAUUUAUAAACAAUGAUUGGUAUGACUCAGUGAGUGGCAAAAAAUUCCCAGUUUCUAACCCUGCAACUGGAGAGAAAAUUUGUGACGUGGAAGAAGGAGACAAGGAGGAUGUCAAUAAAGCAGUUAAAGCAGCAAGAAAAGCUUUUGAGCUUGGGUCGCACUGGCGAACAAUGGAUGCUUCUGAAAGGGGAAGAUUGUUGAACAAACUAGCUGAUUUGAUUGAAAGGGAUCGACUCCUCUUAGCUACAAUGGAGAGCAUUAAUGGGGGAAAGCUUUUUGCCCACUGCUACCUAAUGGACUUGGGUGGCUGCAUCAACACUUUACGAUACUGUGCAGGCUGGGCUGAUAAAAUCCAAGGACAAACCAUCCCCAUGGAUGGAAACUAUUUCACAUUUACAAGACGUGAGCCUAUUGGAGUUUGUGGUCAAAUCAUUCCUUGGAACUUCCCACUUGUUAUGUUUAUCUGGAAGAUCGCCCCUGCUCUUGCUUGUGGAAACACAGUGGUCAUCAAACCUGCAGAGCAAACUCCUCUGACUGCUAUUCAUAUGGGCUCUCUCAUUAAGGAGGCAGGAUUCCCACCUGGCGUUGUGAACAUUGUGCCAGGAUAUGGACCCACUGCUGGAGCAGCCAUUUCUAGUCACAUGGAUAUAGAUAAAGUGGCAUUCACUGGCUCUACUGAGGUUGGUCAAAAGAUCAAAGAAGCUGCUGGAAGAAGUAAUCUGAAGAGGGUUACACUAGAACUUGGAGGAAAGAGCCCCAAUAUUAUAUUUGCAGAUGCUGAUUUGGACAGUGCAGUGGAGUUCGCACAUAUUGGCCUGUUCUACCAUCAAGGUCAGUGCUGCGUAGCUGGGUCUAGGAUCUUUGUGGAAGAGCCAAUAUAUGAGGAGUUUGUGCGCAGGAGUGUUGCAAGAGCAAAGAAAAAUGUCCUGGGAAAUCCUCUGACUCCAGGUGUACAUCAGGGUCCACAGAUUGAUAAGGAGCAGUAUGAUCGAAUCCUCUCACUGAUUGAGAGUGGGAAAAAAGAAGGAGCCAAACUGGAAUGCGGAGGAGGCCCUUGGGGAGACAAAGGCUUCUUCAUCCAGCCAACUGUUUUCUCUGAUGUUUCAGAUGAUAUGCGCAUUGCCAAGGAGGAGAUAUUUGGACCAGUCCAGCAAAUCAUGAAAUUCAAAACUAUAGAUGAAGUGAUUAAAAGAGCAAACAGUACUCAUUAUGGUUUAGCAGCGGCAGUGUUUACCAAAGAUAUUGAUAAAGCUCUGACAUUUGCAGCUGCUCUCCAAGCUGGAAUGGUAUGGGUUAACUGUUAUAGUGCCAUGUCUGCUCAGUGUCCUUUUGGAGGAUACAAAAUGUCAGGAAAUGGCCGAGAGCUGGGAGAACACGGGAUUCAUGAAUAUACAGAAGUGAAGACUGUCGUAAUCAAAAUCCCACAGAAGAAUUCAUAAUUUCACUUCAACUGACAAGACUUGACAAGUUCAUGUGCUAAGAAAACUUGCAACAGCUGGCUAUAUUGCAAAAUGUUUUGUAGUAGAUGUUUUCAUAUAGUUUUGUUUCUCUUUGUAAAAGCAGGUGCUGCUAUUAAAAGUGAUUUAGAAAGUCUUCUAUCUGGUUUAAUAAGAAAAUGUUUAAUGUUGACAACAUAAUUAACAAGUUUUGAAACUAAUUGAAAAAGGUUCUUUUCUUUUUUUCCCUUUGAGUAUAAAUGUAGUGCUAUGAAUAAUAAGCUGUUUUAACAAAGAUUGUUUACACAAAUCGGUUUAGUACGCUUGUAAGAAUUAGCAACUGUCUUUUCCUGUUUUUGUGAGCUUGGCAAAAGCACUUACAUGUAACAAUCAGAUACUUUACUGUUGGGGAUCUGGUCACAUUAUCCACUGCACAGAGGUAUUCUGGAUAUUAAAGUUUAUCAAAACUG